GGAGAAAUCGAACCAGGACCACCCGGCCCACCUGGACCUCCCGGACCACCAGGACCUCCAGGACCACCCGGUGCAGGAGCAGGUGGCGGUGGAGCUGGUAUUCCCGGACCAAAAGGACCACAAGGACCACCAGGACCUCCUGGCCCGCCCGGAAAUCAAGGACCACCUGGCGAACCUGGAGCUGCAGGAAGUGGCGGCGAGCGGGGUAUCUGCCCGAAAUACUGCGCUCUCGAUGGUGGUAUCUUCUUCGAGGACGGUACAAUGCGCCGUCGUUAA